AUGACUGAUGAAUUCAAUCGAUAUUAUAUCAAAAUUCGAGCUAUUUUGGGAAUAGAUUCAAAAACAAUCUUUGACGAACUUACAGAGGCAUUGGGACCUGAUGCUCCAUCAUAUCCAACAGUCAGAAGAUGGGCGAAACGUUUUCGUGAAGGAAGAGACGAUGUCACUGAUGAUCCUCGAUCUGGUCGUCCGAUUUCGGUACUUACAGAUGAAAAUGUUGAACGCGUUCGACAAGUUAUCGAAGAUGAUCCAUACUCAACUUAUGAUGAUAUUAUGGGUGAGACUGAUCUAUCACGUGGUACAAUAGAACGAAUUAUUCAUGAUCGUCUAAAGAUGAGAAAAGUUACAUCACAGAAAUUUAGAAAUGGAACAUGGCAUUUAUGUGAUGUUAUUACUGGUGAUGAGACAUGGAUUUAUCACAGGCAGAUUGGUCGAAAGUCAAGCAAUGCUACUUGGGUUGGCGAAAAUGAACCACCAAGAACCAUUGUUCGUCGGAAUAGAUUUGAACCUAGAACACUAUUUUGCUUCUUCUUCAAAUCCACUGGUUCUCUUCUCAUACACAAAGCAGAUAAGGGCAAGACAAUCGAUCAUGACUACUAUAUUGAUAAUUGUCUUAUACCUGUUAUCAAUGAAAUAAGAAAAAAGGAAAAGUCAUCACGUACUACAUAUAAAAUGCUUCAUGAUAAUGGUCCUCCUCAUACUCAUCCAGAUGUUAUUGAUUAUUUAAUGGAGGAAGGAAUCGAAAUCAUUCCACAUCCACCAUAUUCACCAGAUCUCGCACCGUGUGACUUUUGGCUAAAUGAUUAUAUCAAGAACAAGUUGACGGAUCACACAAACGAAGAAUCAUUAGCUCAAGAGGUUUCCACCAUAGUGAAGAAUAUUCCAAUAAACGAGUUUAAAAAGACUUUCGAUAAACUGUUAGAAAGAAUGAAACUUUGUAUCGAAAAUAAUGGUGAUUAUUUUGAGCAUUUAAUAAAAUAAAAUAACGAAUGUCUCUUCGUUUCUGUAUUGUGGUUUUAUGUUGGCAUGAUCUUUUCUUGGCUAUAAAUACUAUAGAUUUAGUCUGAAAGGAUGUUAGAACUAAGUCUAAGAGAGAGUUGCUCUAUAUAUUAUUAAAGACGAGACGUUAUACUAUAUAUCGCCUUAGUAAAAUAUUCAAUAUUUAUUGCUUUAUUAAAUUUUAAAAACUGUGAUCAGAACUUUUGGUAUACCCUAAGUAGUUAUCUGUGAUAAAUUGUAAUGGAUUGUGUUGAAUUAUGGCCAAUGGAGGUAAUCUGUGACCGCUUUUGGUACACUUCUAGAAAUAUAUUCUAAAAUCUCUUAGGACUCUAGAAUCCGCUUUUCUCCGUCAAACUAAGGAUGCCAGAACUUAGAGCAACCCUCUACUUUAGUCUUAAUCCUGUUUUUCCUUGAGAAAGUGUGAAAGAAUAUUUUGAGCUCCUGAAUCUGAAGAUUCAUGUCAUAUUUUAUUCAGGAUUCCGUUUCCAAUUUUAAUAAUACUGGUUUGCAGGAUAUUUCAUUGUGAAAAAAAUAUUCUUCUCAAGAUCUUUUCAAGUUUCCACUCAGAUUUCUUUAUUAUUAUAACAUGAUGGACCAUAUUAGGAUUCACUCUUGAUCUUACUCAAAACCUUCAUAGGGAUUACAGAAAGAAUAUCGCUUAGAUUCUAUUAUAGUUUUAACAGAAUUCGUUUGGGAUCUCUGCGUCAUGGUCCUCUCCUGGCUUACAGUUGAAUAAGGCAAAGAUCCUACAAGGAAUUAAUAGAAGAGCAAUGAAAAUCCUCAGGUAGUGGAUUCUUCUAAGAUUCAAUCACGAAUCUAUCUAAUUUUCUUAAGCAUUUUUCUUACGAAUAUCUUUUCUGAACAUUUCCAGGGUGGUCUUAGGGUCUCUUCAAGGACAAGCAUUUCGGAUCCUUCCUAGAGAAGGUCAAGGAUGGCCAGGAUCUUUCUGAAAGCAUAUCAAGGUUAGACGAAGAUCUUUACCAUUUUCAUUUAGAGUCUACUAAAGCUUGAUCUUGAGGAUUGUAACAAGAUCUAUGACUGAUCUGGUUCAGGAUUUUGAAUAAAAUUAUGAAAUGUUUCCAUCAAAAUCCUUAACAGUUCCUAUUUAAGAUUCUUCGAAUAUUUUUGAAUCUUUGAAUCUCAAAAACUCAAAUUGUGCUUGUUAAAUAAAAUGUUAACAGUAACUAUACUAAAAUGACAAUGAAGAAUUUGCAAUGUGUUUUGUUCCGGUUCUGACAGGAAUGUAGAAGAGCAAGAAGGUACCUGAAUUUCAUUCUAAUAUUCCUUUGUUUCUAUGUGUCAGUGAAUGGAAGAAUUCUGACAGAGUUUUUGAAGAUUUCUCGUCAAAGAUUUUUAAUAUUUAUCUUCAAUAUUGCAUGACAUUUACAGCAUGGAACUCAGUUAUUUUUUGAAUUUUAUUUUCAUAUAAAACUUGCAAACUCAUUAAAAUGGAGAUUUUAAUAUCAGUUAACUGUUACACUAACUUUUUCUUAAAAAAGCUUUUAGUAAAGGACGAGUACUUCAAUAAAACUUGUACUGGAUUUUAUCUAUUCGUGCUAAUCAGAAAAAUACCUUUUUAUUCAAAUUGAAAUCAACCAGUCAUAGUAAAAUUUUAUGAUAAGUAAUCAAUAGAUUAAGUUUAUAUUGAAUUUUUGUUCAAAUAACUUAUGUUUGCAUAAAGUUCAAAUACAAAUUAAUAGUUCAGAGGGAAUUCGAGAUACAGAAGGUUUGAGUUAAAUUAAAUAGCAUGGUACAGUCUACUGCGGUGAACUAAUUAGUUUUUUAACUGAACAUAUAGAAAUCAAUAAUGUGCGUUCAUUUCUCUUUUCUGCUUAGAGAAUCCUGCAAAACUUUUGACAAUACAUAGGAUAUCAUCCUUACAGAAUCGAAGUGGAGUUCUGCGAGAUGCAAUCAGAAAAUAUUUUCCAAUUAGAAGCCAUUGAAAUUCUGAGAAGAGCUUGACAUAAAGUCAAUACAAAAUGACUCAGAAUUUCUCUAAGAUUUUGUUCUAAUCAUAACAGAAUCGUGUUUAUUUCGUGCCUACACGUUUUUCUGAGGAUUUGACCCUCUAUUAACAUAUUUCUUGUUUUAAUUGCAUUGGUAAACUGCUCAGGAUACUGAUAGAAUCCUGUUAUGAACCUUGUCGAGGUCUUGAAAUUCCGUGGCUACACGGCUUUCUCAAGAUUUAGCAGCUUCUUCGACGAUAUAUGAUUGGGAAAUAGCAAUCAACUAUUACGAUCUUGAUUGAAUCUCAAUUAAAAUUCUGUCAGCAUCUUAAAAUUUUAUGGGUACACACUUUUUUCCGUUUU